AUGGGCAAAUCUAUCACCGCGAAGGCAUCCUCGGCGAAGACAAAAAAGUCGGGCGUAUCUAAGAUGAAAACGACCUCUGGGGCUAAAAAGUCCGUCAAGAAACGAGUUGAAAUUGACCUAGAGCAGCCUAAAGACAGGGAUCCCAUCGAUUCCAAGCUGGUGUCGGAAACCCAGACUGAAGAGAAGCGUGUUACUGAUGACAAUGAAGUACAACGCUUGGCUGAUGAGAUUGAGGCAAAACAAAUUGCCGAAUGA